GGAUGGGGGAUGGGGAGAUGGUGUGAUGAUGGCUAGUGAGAGCUUAUUUGCCCCAUCAUAAGAGAAUGGUGGUGAAGAGUGAGCGGGCUCGGGCUGAGAGCUCAUCUGCCCACCUCUCUGUUCCGUGCCGAUCAACUGACUGCUCUCUUCCCUUUUCUGUUCGUCUCGUCUUCCUGGAAUUCCUUUGUUCAGGAGUUUCCACUUGGUCUUGGCACCAGACCCUAACUCCGAGGGCCCCAUCCCACCCCCUUUUCACCAUUGCUCUGGUUCUGCUACCCAAUGGCAGCCUCCAGGUCCUUGGCUGGGCUCCUCCCCUGCCUAGGCCUUAAAAACCCGCCUUCAGCCAGCGCCCUCAGACGCCCCAGGUGGCACCUCACCGGUCCCUAUUUUGCGGCAAGCUGUCUACCAGCUGAGAGGACGUCAACCAAGAAAGUACGGGAGCAGCCAGCAGAGAAGAGUCCAUGGCAGAUCUGGAGGGUUGUGACGGGCCCAAAGCUUCCUAGGAGACUCGCAAUCCAGCUGAGCAGGGCCCAAGGACGUCUUUGUACUCAGUGAGUAUCAGAUGCUUGAGAGGCCCGCAGACGUGAGGUCCGCCCUAGCCUGAGGUCAGCAGAUCCCCCAUCCCGAGCACCGAGACCCACCGGAACUCCAACGUGGUGUUCUCAACCCUGAGUUUAUUCAGGCCGAGAGCUGAGAAGACCCGAGGAGCAGAUGGCUUCCACUGGCCUUGAACUCCUUGGCCUGACCCUGGCUGUGCUGGGAUGGCUAGGGACCCUGGUGUCCUGCGCCCUGCCGCUGUGGAAGGUGACCGCCUUCAUUGGUAACAGCAUCGUGGUGGCCCAGGUGGUGUGGGAGGGGCUGUGGAUGUCCUGCGUGGUCCAGAGCACCGGCCAGAUGCAGUGCAAGGUGUACGACUCUCUGCUGGCGCUGCCCCAGGACCUGCAGGCCGCCAGAGCCCUCUGCGUCGUUGCCCUCCUGCUGGCUCUGCUGGGCCUGCUGGUGGCCAUCACAGGUGCCCAGUGCACCACCUGUGUGGAGGACGAAGGUGCCAAGGCCCGCAUUGUGCUCACCGCAGGGAUCCUCCUCCUCCUCUCAGGCAUUCUGGUGCUCAUUCCCGUCUGCUGGACAGCCCACGCCAUCAUCCAAGAUUUCUAUAACCCGCUGGUGGCCGAAGCCCUCAAGAGAGAGCUGGGGGCCUCCCUCUACCUGGGCUGGGCAGCGGCGGCACUGCUCAUGCUAGGCGGGGGGCUCCUCUGCUGUACGUGUCCCCCCGCCCAAUUUGAACGGCCCCGUGGACCCAGGCUGGGCUACUCCAUCCCUUCCCGUUCAGGUGCUUCGGGCCUGGAUAAGAGGGACUAUGUGUGAGGCUGAUGCUCCCUCCGGAAACUCCCACCUUGCACCCGCCUUAUAUUCCGGCACUGAGUUGCACCCUUGCACCUCACCAACCUUGUGCGCCUGGGAAGCUCUGUUUGGCCAUGACUUGGCCCUCGGGGAUCUCAGCUGGUUUGGCUUGAGCCAACCCUCCUCAGUGGUUGCAACCUUGAGAAAGCUCCAGAUACUGGGUACCCUGGCCCAGGCCUGCCUCCCGGGAUGCUGCUGUGGUUUGCUCUCCUCCUCAGCUGAGCCCCAGCCUCCUUGCCUUCAAAAUAAGAUGUGGACUGUGACCUAACAGCCUUCAGCUGGUCAAGACUAGCCCAACCGCCACCUGAAUCCAAGCUGUUCAGCCCCCUCCCCAGGCUGGGAAUAAAAGCACAUUGUAACUGA